UACCGCCUGGACACCCCCCCCCUCGCCCCCACACGCGCGCUUACCCCAUCCCCCCCCCUGCAGCCUCCCCGGGGGGGCGUGGCCGCGCGCGGGGGAACCCCCGCCCCUCCCCGGGGUCCCCAGGCGGGGGGGCGGGGCCUGGGGUGUGGGGGAGGGGCGGCCCCGUGUGUGUGCCCCCCUCCCCCCCCCUCCCCGUGGGGGAGGGGCCGCCGGCGGGGAAGUCCCCGGGUCGCUUCCGCGGCGGGACGCGGGCGGCCGGGACGGGACCCCCGGCACGGGGGGGGCACAGACCCCCCCCCCCGCCAUGGCGGAGGAGCUGCCCGUGGACCUGCGGACCCGCCGGGGGGCCCCCCCUGGCCCCCCCCCUCCCCGCCCCCCCCGCCCCCCCUCCGAGGCUUCGCUGCCGCUGCGGAAGCGGCGCUCGGCGAUGCGGGGGGCGCUGGGGGGGGACGGACCCCCCCCCUCGGGGAAAGCACCGCGGGGGUGCCCCCCAGCGCCCCCCCCCCCACAGCCCCCCCCCCCGGCCUUCCCCCUCGGCUUCCCACCCCCACCCGCUGCCUUCUUCGCAGGGCUGCGGGGGGAGCUGCCGCUGCCGCUGCAAGGGGGAGCCGGAGCCGGCCUGGUGCCCCCCUCCGGGGAUCCUGGCCCUCCCCCCCGCGCCCCCCCUGGCCGUGCUGGGACCCCCCCCAGACCCAAAUAGCCGCUGACAUCGCGGCCGCCACCGGGCAGGACGAGGACGGUGACACGGCGCUGCACAUCGCGGUGGCUCAGGGGGCCGUGGGGGCUGCGCGACGCCUGGUGGGGCUGUUCCUGCAGGGGGGGUGUCACCUGGACGUGUUCAACCGGCUGCGGCAGACGCCGCUGCACGUGGCGGUGAUCACGCGGCAGGCGGCGCUGGUGCGGCUGCUGGUGGCGCACGGCGCGUGCCCCGGCGCGCGGGACCGGCUGGGCCGAACCGCCCCGCACUUGGCCUGCGAGCGGCGCGCGCCGCGCUGCCUGCGCGAGCUGCUGCGGGGGGGGCCCGACCUGCAGGCGCGCGACUAUGAGGGCCUGACCCCCCUGCACGUGGCCGUCAGCUCCGGUGCCCGUGAGAACGUCCUGCUGCUGCUGGAGCAUGGGGCUGACAUCGACGCCGUGGACAUCAAGAGUGGUCGCUCGCCGCUGCUUCAUGCGGUGGAGAGCAACAGCCUGGAGAUGGCAGAGCUGCUCAUCCAGCGGGGUGCCAGCGUGAACGCGCAGUCAUACGCGGGGUGCACGGCGCUGCAUGCGGCUGCGGGCCGGGGGCUGUUGGGGGUCCUGCGGCUGCUGCUGCGCAGUGGCGCCGACUGCGGCAUCAAGAACUACCACAACGAGACCCCCCUGGCUGUGGCCAGCAGCCGGCAGGUCAUCGACAUCCUGCGGGGAAAGGCCUCCCGCCCCCCCCAGCCCCGCUGCAGCCCCCUCCCCCUGCCUGAUGCUCCCACCCCAGCAUCCAAUGGACGAGCCUCCCCGGGGUCCGGGGCCCGGAUCCCGCCUGCAGCCAAUCAGAAGAUGGAUUUUGCUGAGCCAGCCAAUGGGGUGCAAGGGGUGGGGCCCUGCGCAGGGGUGAAGCAUGAAGGUGGUGCUGGGCAGCCAAUGGCAUGUGCCGGUGGCCCCGCCCUCAGCCUGCCAUUGGCUGAGGCCCGUCAGGACCCUGCCUGCCUCUACCCAAUGGCGUCGCCUCCCCGGGACUCUUCAGCCAAUCACCUUGUGUCGCCGCGCUUCCACCGUCCAAUUGUAUCGCUGGGUCCGCCGGCCAAUGAGGGACUAGGGCAGGCGGCCCAGAUGGACCAAUCAUGGACGCUAGUGGAGGGAGGAACCCCCACCCCUCGAGACCCCUCGGCUCCGCCUCCGGGAGGGGCGGGGCCAGGUGCGGGGAGGGAGGUGACCCUGGCCCCGGGAGGGGUGGACCCCAGGGCCCCUCCACCACCCAGGGGCCCCGGGCACUGAGGGGGGACCCCAGCAUUGAGGGGGGGAGGAUUGGACCCCCUCGACCCCACCCAUCCCUAUACACAAGCAUUAACACUGCCCCCAGCCCCCCCCCGGCGGGCGGGGGCCGCUGUUAAUGAGGCAAAUUAAAGCGAUUUUGGCUACAGA